UUUGUGUGUUUUCUAAAUUCUACCUUUUUGUUUAAAGGACCUACCUUUCUGUUUUGAGGUGCCUUUGCAGAACAGGUGUGCCUGUCCCAAAACUGAUGCGAUCCUUCUAGUCCGAGGGAAACCCUGAAUGUGGCUGCAGCACAUAAAGAAGUGGUAGAUGUUGCAGCUUUUAUUCACCAAUGUGCUUGGGACUCCUACAUCCUAGAGCGUUUUCCUGAAAAUGGGAUCAUAAUAAACCUCUCGAGGAUUGAGAACAACUGCUAGCAUGUUGCAAUCUUCCUCCAGAGCAGGUGAAACUUUACCCCUCUGUAAGUUUCAGAAUAAGCUGCAGAGAUGGGGCCUGGUUCUCACCCUCUGCGCCGCCGUCCUCUGGCUUCCUGAGGCAGCGGGGUCGACACUGAACUGCCAUACGACGUGCAUCUGCGCCUCGAACAUCGUCAGCUGCUCCAAGAUGGACCUGAGUGCCGUUCCCACUGGUCUGCCACUCUAUACCACUGUGCUGGAUCUCAGCUACAACGCCAUAUCUCGGCUCAGAUCUGAAUGGACUACUGUCAAGCUUCCGAAUCUCCAUAACCUUUUGCUCAGCCACAACGAUCUCUUUUUCCUUUCCUCUGAAGCUUUUAUAAAUGUGAAGCAACUGCGCUACUUGGACCUGUCCUCCAACAAACUGCAUAUGCUGGAUGAGUUUGUUUUCGAGCCUUUGGUCUACUUGGAGGUCCUCUUGCUCUACAACAACCAAAUUUCACAGAUUGACAGGACAGCCUUUGCCACCAUGAUCAACCUUCAGAAGCUGUAUCUCAGCCAGAACCAAAUCUCCCGCUUCCCAGGGGAGCUGAUCAAAGACAGGUAUCGCCUGGAAAAGCUGAGCCUCCUGGACGUUUCGUCCAACAGGAUCAAAAAGGUUCCCAUAGAUGACCUUAAUAUGCUGCCUGCCUGGAUUAAAAAUGGCCUCUACUUCCACAACAACCCUCUGCAAUGUACCUGUAAUCUCUACACACUCCUGGCCCACUGGUACAUUCGUAAGCUGAACUCUGUUGUGGACUUCAGUGACGAGUUCACGUGCGUCCUGCCUAAUUCGCAGAAAACCCAGAUUUUCGAUCUUAGUGGCGAAAGCAUGAACUGCAGCACGUUCAAGGAGGCAGACGAAGAGGCUUUCCUGGAGCAAACGUUGAUCCUCAGCUGUGACACCAAACACCGUGACAUGAUGAAGACCUGGGCGUUGCCCGGGACGUCAGGAGACAACCAGACUGCAAAGGUCCUGCCAAACGGGAAUCUGCAGAUAAGUCCGGUGAGGUACGAUGACUCCGGGACCUACACGUGCUUUGCUGUGAGCGAAAGUUUUAAUGAGACCAUCUACAUUGUGCUGAAGGUUCACAACUUCACCAUGCAUGGGGCUGGGGAGACUUUGAACACAGCUUACACUACCUUGGUGGGCUGCCUGGCCAGUGUGGUGCUGGUGCUCAUGUACCUCUACUUGACACCGUGCCGCUGUUUCUGCUGUCCCAGCAAAGGGAAGAACCGGGGCGAGGACAGCAUCCACUCCUCGAUGCUCAGCGUCACUCCCACCCACGAGGACCCGGCGAUGAAGGCCGAGCUGAACAGGCACGUUGCGUUCAUCGACUCCAAAGACGUGCAGGGCCAGAAUGGCAAGGUGAAUCCCAACGGGGACGAGGACAAUGACGACUUGGAUGGAGAGGCUGGCUCUCUCAUGAAGGGGAAGAGGAAGAAAUCGGUAGCAGAGUCCAUUAGCUCCGUCUUCUCAGACACUCCCAUGGUGGUUUGAGACGACAGUGACGCUAAUGGGCACAUUAAGAGCCAUGAUUUAUUGAAUUUAAACUCCUACUGUGACCUUGAGCGGGAAAAGGCUAGAGGGAUGGAUAGCAAACUUAUUAUUGCAUCUGAAAGGGAGCUCAAAGCGAAUUGUCUUGUUGUCAAAGAGGACAAUAAGCCAGACUUUUCCAGCGUUUCAACCUGUAGCAAUUACUAUUCAUACUGUGAAAGGAAAGGAUGCAUAUAGGAUGUGGAACCUAUUAGAGAAGAAAUGUGGUUGUUAGCAGCACUCAGGAAGCGAUGUACUACAACCGAUUGAGAAUUGUAAAAAUUUGCAGAUUUCAAAAACAACAUUUUACAUUUUGGUAUAAAUCAAAACCGUGGUUUCCUCAUAAUUGUAUUUUUAAUGAAAAAUUUGGAUAGGCUGCAUCAUAUCAAACAAAGACAGAAACUGACGUGACCAGGCUCUGAGUAGAAGUGACAUUCACCUCGAAUUAUAUAUAUACGUAGUGACACGGCAUGCCAUAAAAACUAUUACAUUAAAUUAUAUAAGAUCCUAACGCUUGAGAUAUGUAAUCAAGGUAAGAACAUAUGGAUUUCUCAGAAAUAGGUUUUUACCCUAUUUUUUAUCUGACCCUUAGCGGAUACAGAUUGAUCCUGCUUUAUAUAAGUUAUGAAGCCAUAUUUGGCAGCUAUUUAUCAAUUACACAUGAUAAGUAAAAAUUUCCUAAUUGCACGGUUGACAAUUUUUGCGUAACCAUAUGCUGAAAUAAUUGUGCAUUCAGUUUCUCCCUUAUUGUUUCUGCAUAUCUGCAGUGAAAACCAGACAAUAUUUUGACCGCCUCUCACAGGUAAUCGUACGCAGUCGCCUGCAGAAGCACAUAAGGUGCAGAAAGGUAUUUUGUUCUGACAGAUUAUUAACAUGUUGUCUCAAUUCUGUAAACACAUAGGUACUAAACUCCUUACAAGGACAGAGACGGCUCUGGUUGUCGUCCGCGGAGGUGCCAAAUGCUGUUAAAUUUUCUUCUUGGCAAAGUAACAGCAUUGGUUGUGCUAAUCCAGAGCUUAAAGCUCAGAUGCUCAGAUGCUUAGCUUAUGCUGCAUUAUGUUAUUUUAUUCUUAAGAGAAGAGGUGCACAUUACGGGAAAGCUGAAAGUCUAUACUUUUUUAUUGUUUGAGUAGGCAAGCCUGUGUUCAGAUGUGAUAAAUGAGAUGUAGUUUGAAAAAUGAGGUUCGGUUCAAUCAAUAGUUCCCAGUGUCACACCUGAAAUGUAGCCUUUUUUUCUCCCUUUCUUGCUAGAAUCUGAUGUUUGUUGUAUCAGCAGUAAAGCAUUGGGGUCUGAGUAACCUUAAUGGUUUCCAUCUUAAAAAUAAGCUUAUGAAUAAUGGAGAUGCAGCAUUUUAUUCUAGCUUAGAAUAAAAUGCAGCAGACUGAGUUUCUUUCCUUCAAAUUUGUCCUUAUCUCCUGGAGACACAAUAACUGCUUAAACCUCUUCAGAACCCAUCUUCAAAUAUUCUUCAAAUAUCCCUUUAGAUACCCUUAGAAUAUUAUUUAAACAUUGAACGCUUUGGUUCAUCCAGAAGGAGCAGUUUCAUUAAUCUGUCCUGGGUUUAUGUUGCAGCACAAUAAGGCCAGCUGGGCGUAAAUGCUAUUUUUAUCUUUUGAUUGGAAGAAGUUUGAGUCUGCCUUCCAUGUCUUUCUCUCUUUGAACCAGUGGGGAUCGAUCAUGUUAUCGUCACCGUGACACAAAACGAGGCAUUUUCUUUGCCUUCAUCUGUACUGACAGCCUCAGUUCAGCCCAGAUGUGUUUGCUUUGUUUGCGUCUUUCCCGGUCAUUAUAAAGCUGCCCUUUCUUAGGCUGGAAAGCAAUCACUCAGCAAUGAAUGCGAUGCCCUUUAAGAAGUCUGCAAUUUGCCUGAAGCUUUCAUCAAGUGUUUUCACUCCCAACUGAGUCAUGUGGUUGCAAAGUGCAGCACAAUACCAAAUUUCCUUUAUGCCUCUGACUUGUUAUUCAAAACAAAAAAUUCUAAAACAAUGAUGAAUACAUAAAAUCGCAUCUUCGAAACUUUAAAAAAAAUCAAUUUACACAUUUCUGGUGCAAUGUUUUCUUACGCAAAAUUCUUGGAAUAUUUACAGUUGCCGAAUGCACAGCAGCAUCUCCUGAGUGGGUGAGAAAAGGAAGUCACACUUGUCAGAGAGGUGGUGUGUGCGAAUCAUAUCACUCUGUCACAUGCUGAAACACCAGGUGGAGAAACAGACAGCAGCAGAAAAUACCAAGCCACACUUAAAAAAGCUGCAUAUAUAACCCUCACAGACAGGCAGCGUUUGUCCUAGAGAGAGAACCAUUUUAAGGGUUUUUCUUGUUUUUUGUCCUUUUGCAGCUGAAAUGUGUGCUUUUUAUCCAUCAUAAUGGUGUCACUUAAGACAGCUCUAGAAGCUGAGAUCACAAACUUAUAUCAUGGCUUUUGAGUAGCUCGGCACAUUAAUCAACCAUUAUCAAGAAGGAGAUACAUUUCCACUAGAUCCACUCUGAUGUUCGACCUCCACAGUUCGUAUCAUGGUUCUCCAUUGCGUUUUGUUAAGUGCUUUUUGCAAAGGUCCUGACAUAAAGGGAAAAUCUCGGCUAUUUUUCUCCAAAGCAAAUCUGCCUUUGUGUAUAUCUAUUUAAACAAUAUAAAUAUCUAUCUAUAUAUAUAUAUAUAUAUAUACAUGUAUGUAUUAAGACUCGCAUUCUGUGUUUAGUAUUGAUUAGCUGUGUACUGUUCUGAUGUACUGACUGUAUUCUUGUAUAUUCCAAUACUGUUCAUUUUACAUUUUGUCUGCCUUUGUGCUAAUGUUAUCUGUUCCAACAUCCAAGUCUUAUUAUAAAUGUUUAUUUUUAAGCAGGGUAGGAAUUAGUUAUUUUUUAUUGAAAUGGCUGGGCAAACAGAAAAUGCCUGAACAUGGUAUCAAAACCUGCAUGUAGAGAGUGCCACGUUUCUUUCUUUCUUUUUAAAAAAAAAAAUAACUUAAGAGAUAUAAAUCCUAAUCGGCAGUGACUAGACUGUAUGUAGCCUCUAGUUAUAUUCAAUCAGUAUUGGAUUUUUUUUGUUCCUAAAGCCAUAAGAAAUUAAAAACACAGUGCUUUACUAGAUUGUUAUGCCAUACGAUGUAGGGAGAUGCUGGCAGGUGAGUGAGGGAAGUGGGAAACAGAGGGGUCCACUGAAUUUCUGAAAAACAAGUGGGUAUGAGAAGCUCACUAAAUAGUAGAUAAAUAGAUUUCCUCAGGACUGUGUAACGUCUCUAACUUGCUCACAUUUACAGCAUCUUUUAAGCAAAACCCUCAAACCUACUAUUUCCGCACCUUGCAGGCUCUUUGCUCUUAAGAUCAGAUAAAUCCAGCCAGGUUAAAAAGGGAAGAGAACGCGUUCUUACUACCCCGCUGCACAUAAUCAUCUUUCAUCCAUAGCUAUAAAGUAGCAAUCAGCCAUGAGUAGGUGAGGCAGAAAGCUUGUUGCUUUUACCCGAGGCCAUAGCAUAAGAAGGGAGCUUUAAGCAGCACUGAAAGCACUGUGUUUAUUGACCACAACUUUAAAAAUGAUAAGGUUGGUCACUGCCAUAAAAACUCAGAGGCCUCGUAGCUGAAGGAUAAUGGCUUUGCAUGGUAUGCUUAAAAGCUUCUCUGGCUGCAGGAUAGCUGCAAACUAUAGGCAUUAAAGAAGAGUAAUACACAAUAAUUUGACAUAAUAAAAGAUACAGUUUUA